AACUCUAAGUCCAUAGCUUGUUCUAGCGACGCCAGCACCAACCUCACCUCACCUCUCUCUGUCUCGAACCCUAAGCUCUCUGUUUGGCUUCCAAUGGAUUCUGUCCAAACAAAUCUUAAUGAUCCCCAAUCUUUUUCUGCGCAAACCCUAAAUUCAUACAACCAAAACCCUCCUCCGCCUCCAUCUCAGACAUUCGACUCCGAUCCUGUCCUUGAACACAACAACGCCAACAACGGUGCCCUGUCUAAUCCCGAUGCCCAUUCCAAUACUAUUAACAAUACUUAUUCAUUUAAACCCGACAUCCACAAGCCUCUACUGUCGGAAAAUGGGUUAACUAACACCCAUAGCGGUACCACAGACAAGGAUUAUUCUGGCGGGGAAGAGGAGACCACCAGCAGAAGGCGAAGGAGGAGCCGCUGGGACCCGCCCUCCAAUUCCAACAACCACCAGACAGGUAAUGAUGAGUCUGCCUCUGGAACCAAGAAGAGGAAGUCCCGGUGGGCAGAUGAUGAGCCCAAGCCCGUGAUUCAGCUCCCUGAUUUUAUGAAGGAUUUCACUGGAGGUAUCCAAUUUGAUCCUGAGAUUCAAGCUUUGAAUAGUAGGCUGCUAGAGAUUAGUAGGAUGCUUCAAUCUGGAUUGCCUUUGGAUGAUAGACCUGAGGGAGCUAGGUCUCCUUCGCCUGAACCUAUAUAUGAUAAUUUGGGAAUUAGGAUUAACACCAGGGAAUACCGGGCAAGAGAGAGAUUGACCAAAGAACGACAAGAAAUUAUAUCUCAGAUUCUUAAGAAGAAUCCUGCGUUUAAGCCACCAGCUGACUAUAGGCCACCAAAGCUUCAGAAGAAGCUUUAUAUACCCAUGAAAGAAUACCCAGGUUACAAUUUUAUCGGCUUGAUUAUUGGGCCUAGAGGGAAUACCCAAAAGAGGAUGGAGAAGGAAACGGGUGCAAAGAUUGUAAUUAGGGGUAAAGGUUCCGUGAAAGAAGGUAGGCUGCAGCAGAAGAGAGAUUUGAAGCCUGAUCCUGCAGAGAACGAGGACUUGCAUGUUUUGGUUGAGGCCGAAACACAAGAAUCACUUGAUGCUGCUGCAGCAAUGGUGGAAAAGCUCUUGCAGCCUGUAGAUGAAGUAUUAAAUGAGCAUAAGAGGCAACAGUUGAGGGAACUCGCUGCAUUGAAUGGAACAAUAAGAGAUGAAGAGUAUUGUAGGUUGUGUGGUGAGCCUGGGCACCGUCAAUAUGCAUGUCCUUCUCGCACCUCAACCUUUAAGAGUGAUGUUUUAUGUAAGAUUUGUGGUGAUGGUGGGCAUCCAACAAUCGAUUGUCCAAUGAAGGGAACUACAGGGAAGAAAAUGGAUGAUGAAUAUCAGAAUUUCUUGGCUGAGCUAGGUGGUACUGUCCCUGAUUCAGCUAACAAGCAAAACUCUUCGUCAGUCAGUUCUGGAAGCAAUCCUCCUUGGGCUAGCAGUACUGGAGGUGCUGGAAGUGCACACCCUGGCUUAGGUUCCAAUGCUGUUAAGCCCCCCAAAGAAUAUGAUGAUACUAAUUUGUACAUUGGAUACUUGCCUCCCAGUCUUGAUGAUGAUGGUUUGAUUAGUUUGUUUUCAGCUUAUGGUGAUAUUGUGAUGGCAAAGGUAAUCAAGGACCGGGUUACUGGACUGAGUAAAGGGUAUGGUUUUGUGAAGUAUGCUAGUGUUGACAUGGCAAACAAUGCUAUUAAGGGAAUGAAUGGUAGUCUUCUAGAGGGAAGAACCAUUGCUGUGAGAGUUGCUGGCAAGCCACCACAACCUGCAGUGCCUCCUGGUCCACCCACAUUGUCAAUGCCCACUUACCCUGUCUCUAGUCAGCCAGUUGGUGCCUAUCCAUCACGACAAUUUACAACUGGAGGUCCUAUUCCUAAUGCUGCUUCUGCUAGUUAUGCAGGAAAUCCAGUUCCAUGGGGACCACCAGUUCCUCCUCCUCCCCCUUAUGCCCCUUAUGCGCCUCCUCCCCCUCCUCCUCCUGGCUCAACCAUUUAUCCUCCUGUUCAUGGUCAGCCUAUGCCACCUUAUGGUUUGCAAUAUCCCCCACAAAUGCAGACGGUUCCUCCUGGUGUUCCACCUCCACCUCAACCUGUGACUUCUAGUGAAACAGCACAAAGUUUUCCACCAGGAGUGCAAUCUGAAAAUAGCACCUCUGCCCCAGCUAUGCCAGCUAAUAUCUACGGGAACUCAAUGACUGCAAUGCCUCCAAAUUCGCAAUCUGCAUAUCCUACAUCUUCAUUAGGUUACUCUUCUUAUUACAAUGCAGUUCCUCCCCCUCCCCCUCCUCCGCUACCUACAUCUUCCACAGAUAAUUCUCAGAGCCUUAGUAAUGUCCCUUGGGCUCCAAAUCCUCUUUUGACUCCGGCAGCAUCCUCUGGAGAGAAAACAACCUAUGGUGCAGAUACUGAGUAUGAGAAGUUCAUGGCAGAGAUGAAGUGAUGCAAAUUUACACCAUUGAUGGUUAUAUGCGGAGAGGACUGAUGUUUCUUGGAGCUCUUGUGAACCUGAUUUCUUACCUCUUGCCAUGACUUUGUUGGAAGUUUGGGACUCACAUCUUUAACCUUCCUGUACUGUUAUGAUAUUUGCAGAGACUUGGAUACAAGUUCAGUUCAUGAGGUUGCAUUCUGAAAAGGCCGUUCAAAUUUUAUUAAUAUGAAAUAUUCAAUCAACCUGUAGGACUUGGUUUUAUGUUCUAUGAAUUCACAUUGGGUUUCUGUUUUUCGUCUGAUUGCUAGUGUUACUAUGGUUCCAUUUUGUCAAGCUGUUUUCCACAAAUGGUUCCUGACAUUUCUUGUUAUUAUGUUUACUUCUCUCGGGGAUUGUUUAACAGCUUUUUCAAUUAGUUUAGCAUAUUAUGCUAUUUCCUGGUUAUAAUGCCCUUUAUUUGUAAGGUUAAAUUUGCCUAGUUGCUGUGCCUGGAAGCUUUCUAGCAUUUGUCGUUUCUGUUUGUUGGAGGUAAUUUGUUAAUAUUAAGGAUGCAGGAUUAUGUUCUCUCUAUUAUAUGUAUUUGUGUGUGUGUGUUUUCUAUGAUUCUAUUUGUCUUUAUAUUACACUGAUGUAUCUUCUAAGUUCAGAUCUGGCUGGUGAAAGAAACCACGUCUUUAUAGCCACUGGGUUUUUAAUUUUGUCUUUUAUGCUUCUUGAGCGGAGAAAUAGCUCCCAUGAUUGCAGUUUGUGUGGGAAAGAGAAUGACAAGUGUUUGAUUCAUCAAUAGAGGUUGUAUGUGGUCCAACUUAAAGUUGGAUAGUUGUAAAUUUAAGAAGUUUGAUUUAUGCCUUUUGAGUAAUCGUUCAUCUCUUCAUAUUUCUUUAAGCAUACGACAUAUUAGGACAAAGAAGAGCAUUCGUUGAACUAGUAAUACUUCUCUAAUAGGUUUUGGUUGUUCUAAUUGACUACUUAAGUUAGAUGUUAACACUCUCAAUAGCUAUUAUCUAUUGACUGCUUAAGUUAGAUGUUACUCCGUCUCUUCAUCUUUCUUUAAGUAUCCUUGUCCGACAAAUGUUAUGACAUGGUUAAGGGGGUAUGAUCUUUCCAGAUAUAUGGAAAAACUUAGUAAGGAACACUCACAUUUCGGUGCAGGCAACUUAGGCUAUUAUGAUCCUAGUCAUGGCAAAUUGACUUUUGGAAUCUGUAAUACUUGGUUUGGUCUUCAGUGAAGAACUGACAUGAUGAUUAUAAAGCUCUGAUAAGCUGAUUACCUAUUAUAUGAUCCACUUUACAUAACCUUAAUGUGUUUUCAACUGUUGGAUUGCAGAUUUUGUUGCAUUAUUUAUUUUCCUUAUUCAAGUUUUACUUUUUACUUUUUUCUAACAUUAUAUAAUUUUCAUGGCAACUUACUUUUUAUGUAUCAGACCAUUUCAUUUACUGUGCUACAUUGAUUAGGUUUAAACUGUGUUGGUGUAACCUAACCCAGGAUGCUUUUAAUAUUCAUGCACUGCCUCAAAAUAAAAUAGUGAUAUGUACUUGCUGCAGUUUUUUACUAAUGGAGCAUAGUAUUGCUAGUCCCUUCUCCGUCUUUUAAUAAUUUAACAUUGUUGGUGAUGCAUUACUGACCUUAUGUUUCUAAAACUUUAGAAUUGGUGCCUGGUUUGUAAGGAUGAAUUUUGAUGUCAUAUUUAUGAAAAGGUGAAUACUAUUUCUUAUGUACUUGCUUUUCUGGGGAAUUCAUUGAUGAUAAAAUAUUGAGACUGACUUUUCCAUUCUUUAUCUUUAGUUUCACAUGUUGGUGUGCUUAUAUUCCGUGUCAAUACUGAUUAACCACUUGGGUUUUUUCUUUUGCCUUUUUCUUUUUUGCUUGGUAUUUGUGAUGCUGGAGAUACUUUUAGACAAAGAUUAAUCUGCAUAUUGCAAUGUCUUUUAAUUAUGGUGAAACUAGUAAACCAUCGGUUUACCUUAUCCUGGAUUUUUCAUUCUGUAAUCCUGGUAGGCUAAAUACCGAGGCAGACAGCCUCAUCCACAUUUUUUUGACCACCUUAUCUGACCUUGUUAUUUUGUUGAGUAAGUUGGUCAGGGUUUGCAUGUUUUGAGAUAAUGGGAUGUUUUGCAAGGUAUGUGUUGCUGUCAGAAGUUUUUGUGGACUCCAAUGAAAGCUUUUUGGUAUAUCGGCUAGUACUGGCCUAGCUUCAUGGUCUUCAAUAGAAUGAAUGGCUUUGUUCCCAUUUUGUGUGUACCGAUAGGAGAGUGUUGGUGUAGUGUGCUUAUAUACUGGAGUUCAGAAUUUUUGUACAAUCUGUUAGCUGCUUAGUGGUGCUUGUUGUUGGAUCUCAUAUAUAUCAAGUGUCCAGAAGUUGGUUAUUGUAUAUGAUAUAAUUCAUUGUUUUUCUCUUA